GAUGCGCGUUUACCCACACUUCUCGAUAAACAUCUGUUUUUGUGCCACCCCCAUCAAGAUAUUUAGCCAAAAUAGAAACUGCAAAACAAAAACCGCUGCGGAAUCGGAGGACAACUGUGAUGUUGUAGCUGCCCUAUAUCUGAUAUGUCCAAGCGCAACAACAUAACGUACGUUAAGCCGCAGGAACCCAGCUUUUUGGCCAAGUUGAAGGCGGAAAUCGGCUACAAAGAAGGUCCAAGCGUAGAGACCAAGCGCCAACGCUUGGAGUCGGACCACGAGGAUUACGAUUCUAGUGAGGAUUGCCGGCCGGAAAGGGAAGACGAACAGCCCCAAGUGGUGGUCCUUAAGCCAGGAGAUCUUUCCGCCGAUGAGGCUAAGUUGGCCGCCAAAGAACUAGCCGAAAAACGUGCGGAUUUGACCCAGCCCAUAGUCUUCAAGCAGCGUGUUAAGCAGCUCAACAUCGAGGAAAAUAAGUCCCAAUCCGUAAACAGCAAGAAGUCGGAGAAAUCAGGAAAGAAAUCCGAGAAAUCCAAGAGCAAAAAGUCCAAGGUCGCCAGCAGUAAGCUGUCUUUCAACGAGGACGAAGAGGACGAGACGGCAGAGGAUUGA